AGACCCUUCACUCUCUCUCUCUCUCUCUCUCUCUCUCUCUCUGAUACACACACACUGUUCAUCCAUCAACAGUGCUAGCUAGCUGGGAGACUUUCAGCUCUCUAAAGUUAAUAGCAUACUCCCUGAAGAAAAGCUGGAUCACUCCAAAGGCCAACUACAGGAACAGUAGAGAAUGGAAGAGAGGCUUCUUGGAUCAGAAGCAAAAGAUAUUAGUGAUUUGAAAGGGAGAAUUUGGAUAGAAAACAAGAAGAUAUGGAAGGUUGGAUUUCCUGCUGCGUUAGCAAGAGUAACACAAUAUGGAAUGUUUGUGGUAACACAGUCAUUUAUUGGACAUGCUGGAAAGCUACAACUUGCAGGUUAUGCACUCAUCCAAAUCAUUGCUGUUAGAUUUGCAAAUGGGAUAUUGCUAGGCAUGUCAAGUGCCACAGAGACUCUAUGUGGGCAGGCAUUUGGAGCAAGACAAUACCACAUGAUGGGUGUCUACUUGCAAAGAUCAUGGAUCAUCAACCUUCUUACCGCGACAAUAUUGCUUCCUGUCUUCAUAUUCUCAGGGAAAAUCUUCAGGCUACUGGGCGAGGAAGAAGAAACUGCCAGUGCUGCUGGAUACAUUUCUUUGUGGUUUAUUCCUAUGCUCUACUUCUUUUCCUUGGCUUUUUCACUCCAAAAGUACUUGCAAACUCAGCUCAAGAACAUGAUUGUUGGGUGGCUUUCUGCUGCCUCAUUUGCACUUCAUGUGCUCUUAUCAUGGAUUUUUGUGAGCAAGCUGAACUGGGGAAUUCCUGGAGCUAUGAUUGCUAUGAAUAUUUCAAGUUGGUUGGUAAUAAUUGGAGAGCUAGUUUAUGUCGUUGGUGGCUGGUGUCCUGAUACAUGGAGGGGAUUCACUUUAGCUGCCUUCACUGAUUUAAUUCCUGUAAUAAAGCUCUCAAUUUCCUCAGGUUUGAUGCUUUGCUUAGAGUUUUGGUACAAUGCUGUAUUAGUCCUCUUGGCAGGGUACAUGAAAAAUGCGACAACUCAAGUAUCUGCCCUGUCCAUUUGCCUGAAUAUCACGGCUUGGGAAUUUAUGCUAUGUAUUGCCUUCCUAACUUCCGCCAGCGUGCGAGUUUCAAAUGAACUGGGAAGAGGAGAUGCUAAAGCUGCAAAAUUUUCUGUUAAAGUCAUUCUCUUCAUUUCACUGUGCCUUGGAGCCUUUUUUUUCAUAAUAUGUUUAGCUUUUGACAGCCAAAUUGCUAAAUUGUUCACCAAUGAACAAAUGGUCAUUAAAGCUGUGUCCAAUCUCUCUCUCCUACUUGCCUUCUCAGUUCUACUUAACAGCUUCCAGGCAGUACUUACAGGAGUGGCUGUAGGUGCUGGUCGACAGAGUAUGGUUGCAUGCAUUAACGUCAGCAGCUAUUACAUUGGUGGAGUUCCAAUUGGGGUUAUUCUUGGAUAUGUGGCUCAUCUGCAAAUCAAGGGUAUAUGGAUUGGAAUGACAAUUGGAGUUGUAAUGCAAGUCAUGGUUCUUGGCUACGUUACAUCAAGAACUAAUUGGGAUGAACAGGUGAAAAAAGCAUCGGAACGUCUUAAUAGUUGGUUUUUAAGGCCUUCAGAAGAGUCAAAUAAUGAAAAUUUCAUCCGAGAAAGUUUGAAUGGCUAAUUAUUAUUAUUAUUAUUAUUAUUAUUUUGUGCCAUACAUAGUGACUGCAGGAAGAGCAGAAUCACUAAAUAUGGGAUUAGCUAAUUUGUUGAUGAAUCCUCAAUUCUAAAUUAAUUGCAAUUUGUAUGCACUUUUUUUA